AAUACAGUUUUUAUUUUUGUUUUGCUCGUGUAUUUUGUGUCAUAUUUUUCGUCUGAAAAAAAAAAUGCCAAACACUCUUCAAACAAAAGGAACAAAUGUUCCCAAAUCUAAAACAAAAUCCAGAAUAAACAAACGUCAAAGAAAUCGUCGUCGAAAUAAACAAAAACAAUUAACAAAUGCUAUUCAACAAAAUAAAACUCAAUCUCAAACACGACAAACAGAAUUUUCCUUUAGUCAGAGUGCACAAAAAAAUGGAUCUGAAGUUUGGAGUGCUGCAUAUGAAAAUGCCGUAAGAUGGCACGGUGAACAUCAGAACAAUUUUUGGCGACAUGCUGCCGAACAGCUUGAAAAUGAAAAUCAAAUGUUGCGGCAACAAUUGCAUAAUGUUGCUAGAAUUAAACCGGAAAGGGAAACUCAAGUUUACUAUGAAACAUCCGAUGAAGAGGAACAGGAAGUGGUUUCGAUUAAAAAAGAAGAAGCAGACGAUGAGGUUGAUUCAAAAUAUUUGGAAUUUUUACAAAUAACAAUAAAACAUCGUGAAGAACUGCGACUAAAGAGAGAAGCUGCUGAUAAGUUGGAACAAGACGAAGCUUCAACAACGCCAACAAUAGACUAAGAUUAACAUUUAUGUUCUUUUUUGUUUUCACUGUCUGUAUUUGUUGUGUUCAUUGUAUUUAUAAGUAUUAGACUCAAAUAAAUGUUUUUAAGUAAAAUA